GGGAAGGCUGAUUUCACCUGAGAGAUUGCCUUUUUACAACAAAAAUAUUUGACACAUCCAGAUUGUGCGACAUCACUAUGGCAAUGGAAUAGAUCGUUAUGCAAGGAAUCAGACAAAUGGGGUUGGAAUCCACUGCAUUAUGCUGUUAAACUAGGAUUGAAAGGAGUAGUUUCUGAUAUGUUGGGGUGGAAGAAAUCCUUAGUGUACCUUCCAGCAGGCAGUGAAAAUGACUGGACGACAACAAUUCACAUUGCAGCCAGUGAAGGUGAUGUAAACAUGAUAAAUCAGCUAUUAAAUCACUGUCCAGAUUGCUGGGAAAUGCUUAACAGCAGGGGCCAAAAUUUUCUUCAUGUUUCCAUAUUGAACAAUCAGAAAAAGGUAGUUAGACUCUUGUUAAAACAUGAAAAGUGGCAUAUCCUUGCUGAUGAGCAAGAUAAUGAUGGCAAUACUCCUCUUCAUUUGCUUGCUGCCUCUCAUUGGAGCCUUGUGCCUGUAAGAUUAAGAGAACAUCCGAGUGCAAAGAAGAUGUCAUUUAACAAAGCAAACCAGACACCACUUGACGUAGCAUUUUCGCGCACGGGGACAACAAAUACGGAUAAACGGAUAUUCAAGAGGAGGCUCCGCCAUGGUCGACCAGGACGAUGUGACUUCGAGAUAAAAUGUAAGAACACACAGAAGCAACAGAGGGAGAACAAAUAUAAUAGAGAUUUAAAAGGCAGAUUGCAAGACGUUAUGAAUCUAACUCAAGUACAUCUAGUUGUGGCCGCUCUAUUAGUGACAGUCACCUUUGCAGCUGGCUUCACAUUGCCAGGAGGCUUUGAUAGCGAUCCUCGCCCUAAUAAAGGGAUGGCAAUUCUAAUCAAGAAAACAGCAUUCAGUGCAUUUGUUGUUUCAGAUGCCAUUGCCUUCACAUGCUCGGCUGGCGCUUCAUUUAGCUACUUCCUCAUAGCAGCACGUGCAGCAACAACAAGGAAAUUAAAAACUCUCUAUCGGCUUUAUAAGAUCACAACUACUUUGCAGCUUGUGGCCAUGUCAGCAGUUGUAAUUGCUUUUGUAACUGGUAUGUAUGCUACUUUAGCAAAUUCAGUUAGUCUCGCUGCUACUGUCUGUGUCAUUGGUUGCAUCUCUUUCCUCCUGUACUUUUUAAUUUUGAUCACAGCAGGCAGCAUGGUAGACUACUAGCUAGAGGAAGAACAUGAGUAGACCAAUAGACAUGAAUGCUACUUGUUUUACACUAUCAAUUUACUCCCUCUGUCCCAAUUUAUGUGGCACGCUUUCCUUUUUAGUCUGUCCCAAAAAGAAUGUCACAUUUUUAUAUUUAGAAAUAAUUUAACUUUAUGAGAUGAUUUAUA